AUACCUCACUAUUUCCUAUUUUUGUUGUUGAUAUUCUGAAUGUGACUGCUCCAAUUUAAUCUAUCGUUGAUGGUUGAAAUGGCGGCCGCACGGUUGCCAACUCGCAAGAUUUCGGCUUGCGUCUUCGGCUUGCUCUUGGCGCUCACAGCUUGCCUGUACUCCACGUGGGAUCCGGACGCACCCUACAAGUACCCAGGCCCGGAGAACAACUUUGAAACCCGGCAGAGGCUCAUGACCUGAUUCUUCUUCGCAAGGACCGACGUCUCCUGGUUGCCCUGCCGAGACAGCCAAGAGACCCCCGCCGCCAGACCAGUGCUUCUGCUGACUUCCUGGUCCGACACCGGAGUCAUGGACUGCAUUGGCGGCCUUUGUGACGCUUUGGGCGACUGGCACGCAGCGCAUGACGACUGUAAAGUGGCAAGAUGGAACAGCAGGGACUGCAAUCGAGAGGGACAGCUCGCCGCUCCCUCUGAAGGCCCAGUGAACGACAGUGUGGGCGGCACCUGUGGGCGUAGGGCUUGGGCGGCUGGCGGCGGGCAACGGGUGGUGUCCCUCUCCCUCUAUGGCGACAAGGCGGAGUACUGGCUUGGGCUAGACACCUUACUCACUCAGGUGAGAAGGCAUUACCCAGGGUGGAAAGUGCGGCUGUACACGGACGCUCGUUGGCGGAGGGGCGUGCUGUGUCCUCUGCUCCGCGACCACGCCCACUUCUACGUGUGCGACGUGGAGAACCUUCCACCCCCGCUGGGGGACGUGUCCGCUGUUCACCCGAUGAUAUGGAGGACGCUGCCGCUCGGGGAAAGCCAGGUGGCGGCGAUGCUCGUGCGGGACACAGAUUCCCCGAUCUCGUCGCGAGAAGCAGCGGCCGUGGAACAGUGGCUCGCAUUGAACAAAACCUUCCACGUUAUGAGAGAUCACCCUCAGCACGACACCACAAUCCUCGGAGGCAUGUGGGACGCGCGCUGGGACAACCUGCCUGCUCCCCGCGUGGCAGAGUUGGCUCAGGCGCGCCACAGGAUGCUUGAUCAAGGGCGAGGAAGGUCACACAGAGACGUCGACCAGGAGAUCCUGAAUAGUGUAAUAUGGCCAUUAGCGAAGGGCAGGAUGGUGGGUCACGACAGCUUCCUUUGCCAAAAAUAUCCUCACUCGGUUCCUUGGCCGACGCAGCGAGAGGCCGGGCUCUUCGUAGGAGCGCCAAGCUUCCGCCCCAAAUAUUCGAAGUCAUCGCUGACGCAGCCGUGCCCGGAGGCGUGUCGGCCGCCGCGCCACAAGGACUGGACCUACUGCUGAGGGACACGCACACACGCGCACACGCACACACACACGGACACGAGGCCACACACACACACACGCAUGCAUGAACACGGGCGCAGAUUACUGAUGGGAUUUUGUAAAGGACUUUCCGAAUUAUCAUGUCUCUUGUUACUUGUCCAGGGGACAUUUUUAUAGAAAAAAAUAUAUAUCACACUAUCAUUCAUAAUUCUCAAAAAUAUUCCCAGUCUAUUGUAUAUCUAUCUAUCUAUCUAUAUAUAUAUAUGUAUAUAUAUGUGUGUGUGUGUGUGUGUGUGUGUGUAUGUGUGUGUGCGUGUGUGUGUGUGUGUGUGUGUCUGUGUGAAACAUAACUUCCUAACAACAAUCACAAUUAAAGCUUGACGCACACUGCCGCACACUGCCUGAGGUUCAUCAUCCAAUAAUGGGUAACACACAGCUCUCAUAUACGAAAAGGAAAUGUUGAAUGUUGAUGGUAACAAGUGAUUAUCUUUUAUAAAUAAUGUCUAUAUAUGUGUGUGUGUGUGUGUGUGUGUGU